GCUUCAUAUAUCUAACAUAUAUGUAUAUAUUUCGGUUAAUCAUUAAUCAAAGGCUAGCACAAAUAAUUUAUGAUUUUGUUAAGUUAAUUUAAUGCAAAACAAGCGCAUCGCAUCACAAUUCUUUUGUCGCCACCUGCUGUUAGAUAUAUUUUAUAAGACCCUGAUCAGACACCUGAAGUACUUUGCUACUUAGCUUCACGAAGGUGUGCUUCCGUUAAAGAAGUGCAGCUUUGAACUUGACUAUUUUGGGGGAACAUUGUGUAAAUGUUAACAGUUAGACGUAACUGACGUAACAAACCGUAUUGGACAUAUUUGAAUCUUUGCCAAAUAUGUGCUCAUCCGAUUUCAAGGUCAGCAAGCAUGCGAAUCGUUGUGCUUUAUUUUUGAUGGAUUACGUGACUCUUGGAACCGAGAUGCAACAGAUGUGGCCUAUGUGUGUCAAACGAGGGAGGGAGUUACGUGCAGGGCAUGCCAAUUAUUUGCUGCAUAUGUUUAAUAAUUUUGAUAUAAAAGUGCGUGAGCCCAAAGACUUGUAUUGCAGUUGGGCCUCAAAGCUUUGAACAAAAUGCUGCUAAAGGUAAUACUACUUAUCGCCACCAUUGCUGGCAGCCAUGCCGAGUCAACUGCGAGAGCUCCAUAUGCGCCGGCAGGCUGGCGUCCACGUGUGCCAUUCAAUUUGCCCAGCCAGAAUCUGCCGCCAGUGGGCUCCAGCUUUGAGAUCAGCAGAGAACGCGUUGAGCACGCUGGCGCCUUUAAUGCAGCCCAGGCAAAUUCCAAUUACUUGCCACCAAAUGCCGCAGUACCCAACCAAGGAGAUAUAUUGGAGAGGGAGCGACAGGCGAAUCAGCUGCCAAGUCCGGCAGCCCAAUACGGAGCCCCAGUUGAUGGCAGCUUUAGAAUAGACUAUCCUGAUGAGGAAAACCCCGCACCGUCCACCGAUUUGCAGUCCAGAAUAGAGGAGGGCCGUUAUUAUAUAGUUUCCUCCGAUAACAAACUGCAACGUGUUCAAUAUCGGACUGUGAAGAAUGCAGAGGAUGCUGCUGGCGCUGGCUUCACGGCACAGCUGAGAUACUCCUCGGUGGGUGAGUUGCAGGAUCCGAUUUAUAAAUAUAAUAGUCAGGGGCAAUUGGAGCGCGUGCUCAAGUAAAUAUUCUCAGUUUUUGGCAACGAUAAAGUGAACAGCUUUCACUUUUUGUCAAAUUAAUGUGCUAUUAAUAAAACUUGAUGCUCUAUUUUUUCAUUACUUUGUUUUAUACAAAAA